UUUGUGAUUUACACAAAUCGUUGAAGAAAUAUAUGCUGAGUGUAGAUGAGAUGGGGUAUGAUGUGCCGGCGGGAGUUGAAAUAAGGGGAAGAUAUGAUGAAGAAUUUGCUUCAAUUUUGAGCAAGGAUGCUCUGCAGUUUGUUGUGGAUUUGCACAGAGAGUUUAUGAAAGAUAUUGAGUAUGCUAUGGAUUGCAGGAAGGAGGCUCAGGUGAGGUACAAUAAUGGGGAGUUGCCGGGGUUCGAUCCGGCGACGAAGAACAUCAGAGAGGGCGAGUGGGCCUGUGCGGCGGUGCCGCCCGCGGUGGCUGAUCGGAGGGUUGAAAUCACUGGGCCUGUGGAUAGGAAGAUGGUCAUCAAUGCACUCAACUCCGGAGCCAAGGUCUUCAUGGCUGAUUUUGAAGAUGCACUUUCCCCAAGCUGGGAGAAUCUGAUGAGAGGGCAGGUUAACUUGAGAGAUGCUAUGAGUGGGACUAUAAUGUUCCACGACAAAGGCAGGGACAGAGUUUACAAGCUCAACCAGCACAUCGCGACGCUCUUCGUCCGCCCCAGAGGCUGGCAUCUGCCGGAGGCUCACAUCCUCAUCGACGGCCGCCCCGCCACCGCUUGCCUAGUCGACUUCGGCCUCUACUUCUUCCACAAUUACUCCAUAUUUCGCCAAGGCCAAGGCCAAGGAUUCGGACCCUUUUUCUAUCUCCCUAAAAUGGAACACUCGAGGGAGGCCAAGAUAUGGAAUGGAGUGUUUGAGAAGGCGGAGAGAAUGGCCGGAAUCGACAAGGGCAGUAUCAGGGCCACCGUGCUGAUCGAAACACUUCCGGCAGCGUUUCAAAUGGAUGAAAUUCUUCAUGAAUUGAAGGAUCACUCCAUUGGAUUGAACUGCGGCCGUUGGGACUACAUUUUCAGCUUCGUCAAGACGUUCCAAGCUCAUCCCGACCGCCUUCUUCCCGACAGAGUUCAAGUCUCCAUGACGCAGCAUUUCAUGCAAACCUACUCCGAUUUGCUCAUCAGGACUUGCCACAGGCGCGGCGUCCACGCCAUGGGAGGAAUGGCGGCUCAGAUUCCAAUCAAGGAUGAUCCGAAGGCGAACGAGGCGGCUCUGGAGCUGGUCAGAAAGGACAAGCAGAGAGAAGUGGAGGCAGGGCACGACGGGACCUGGGCGGCCCACCCCGGCCUCAUCCCGGCCAUCAUGGAGGUUUUCAAGGGCGGGAUGGGCGACAAGCCCAACCAGAUACAAGGCGUGGCGCGUGAAGAUGCAUCCGCCUCGACAGAGGCCUACCUGCUAGAGCUGCCAAGAGGCGUACGCACCAUGGAGGGCCUGCGCCUCAACACAAGGGUGGGGAUCCAAUACCUGGCGGCAUGGCUCACGGGGACGGGAUCAGUGCCGCUCUAUGGCCUAAUGGAGGAUGCUGCGACGGCUGAGAUAAGCAGGGUGCAGAUAUGGCAGUGGCUGAGAUACGGGGCGGAUUUGGACGGAGACGGGCUGGGCGUCAAGGUCACUCCUUCUCUGUUCAACAAAGUGGUCGGAGAGGAAAUGGCGAUGAUUCAGAGUGAGGUCGGGAAGGAGAGAUUUGGUAGCGGAAUGUAUGAGGAGGCUUGCAAGUUAUUCACCAGGGAAUGCUUGGCACCAACGUUGGAGGAUUUUCUCACCCUUGAUGCUUAUAAACAAAUCGUUGUCAUCGAUAAUUCUGAGGAUGUCUGAAUCCUUGUCGUUGUCUAUAACUUCUGUUGCAGUGUCAACUGAUGUUUCUUCUUCUUGUUGGUUGUGGCUGAUAUAAUAAGAGCUAUCGUAAUCA